UACUCGGUAAAGUAUUUAAAAUCUGUCUAAAUCACCAUAUUGUAUUUACCGCAUUUUUUUAACUUGUAAGCAGGCAUGAGGCGUAUGAAAACAAACACCCGUGUUAUAACAGCUGUUGUUGCCGCCAUGCGAAGCUAUAAAUUAAGUUUCAAUCAAAAUUUCUCAAUAACAACGUUAUUUCUAGAGCUAAAGAGUAACCACAUGAAGAAAACAAACAAAAGAUAUAUGAAGUAUCCGAUCUUAAGUAGCGUAGUUUUGAUUGCGUUCUUCUGCGUUAUUCAAGUUCUAAGAAUAAACCAGAAAAUCGUGAAAAACGAUUUGCGCGCGAGAGCAGUCGUGCGGAAGCAAGAUUUUACGAUUUGUCUGUACGGAGUGAAACAGCACAUUGUAGUUAAUUUCGUUCAAGAUUACGACCCCAACAUAUGUGGAGUAUGUACGCUUAAGACAGUCAGCUCGUAUUGUGAUGUUAUCAUUUUCGACUUCAGGCAUGCACCUAAGAUUAAACCUGGAAGUUUACAGAGGCAAAGCCCUGACCAAUUGUUCGGCUGGGCUUCGGGGGACUCGGCUUUCGGGCACAGGAAUAUGCAUAAGUACGACGCAUCUAAACAUGAAGGUAUAUUCAACUUUACGGUUUGGUAUAAGUUGGAUUCGGAUAUUCCAAUACCGUAUGGUACACUUGCGCGCACGUACAGAGCGCUGGCAGCCGAGGACCGAAACUUGGAAGAAAUUUUAGCGAAAAAAGAUAAGCUUGCCAUAUGGAUAGUUUCGAAUUGUGACAAUAGCGAAUUUGCGAUGAGAAGAAUGGAAUUUGGACUGGCGAUGAAAAAUACUAAAAUUGGGAAACUUUUAGAUUAUAGAGGCCGAUGUUUUGACCAAGAAAGAGUUAAAUGGCAGGGCUAUGUCUAUGAUCCUACGUCCUCGCUUAGAGAUAACGGUACCGAACGUUUUAAGUUCUAUUUCGCGUUUGAGAACUCGUACCAUUGCCGGUACUACAUCACGGAAAAGUUUUGGAAAAACGCUUUUCUUGCGUCGGCGGUUCCAGUUGUUUGGGGACCUUCUAAAAAAGAUGUGGAAGCAGUCGCUCCCAAGCACUCAUUUAUUCACGCAGAGGACUUUCAGAGUCCGGAAGACUUAGCAGAUUAUCUUUUAUAUCUGGAUCAGAAUGAUGCGGAGUACCGAGAAUACUUUAAAUGGAGGACGCGAGAAGAUAAGUGGAAAGGUGAAUCCGGUUACCCAGAAGAUCGACCGGAGUCGUUCGGAAUGUGCAAGUUAUGUCUUAUGUUGCAUGAGAACUUAAAAAACCCAAAGAAACGAUAUAUAACUAAUCUAACAGAAGUUGUUUACCAUAAAGACGACGAGUGCCUGAAGUACUGAACGACAUGAAACCGAAUUUAAAAAGAAACAGCUCAAAAGUUUCUUAAACAAUGACAUACAAGAAGACACUUUUCUAAAUAAAAGACAUAAUUUAUUUAGAUUUAUGUAGAAAGUAUUUAUAAGUUUUAAAAAGACAUAACACCCUAUUUAAUUCAUGUGUUUAAGGCGUC